AUGGCCCCACCAUAUCUCCAGUUCCUCUGGGACACUCUCGCCUGCGUACUAGGAGUCUUCUUUGGCAACCUCCUGCCCAAGCUACACGUCCCAACCAAAGAUCUCACAGGCAAGACGGCCAUAGUCACAGGAGCCAACAGUGGGAUCGGCUACCAACUGGCUCUAGACCUCGCCACACAGGGCGCCACUGUAUUCCUGGCAUGUCGAAACCUCACCAAGGCCGAGGAGGCUAGACAGAACAUCGUUGACACUAUCGUCUCAUCUUCGAAAGCUGGCUUGGGAAGUCGUGCACAACUUAUGGAAAAGGUGAUAGUCAUAGAACUCGACACGAGCCUCCUCUCCUCCGUCCGCGCCUUCGCCCAAACAUGGCAGACUCGAUACAAGGAUCGCAAAAUCAAUAUCCUCCUCCACAACGCCGGCAUGACUUCUACCACGCAUAGCGGAGCUGUAACUUCCGAAGGACUGGGCACAAUCUACACCACAAACUUCCUCAGCGCAUUCUUGCUCACCGCCUUACUAGAGGACAACCUCGCACCAGAUGCCCGCGUGAUUCUGACUUCGAGCGUGGCACAGUCCUUCGGGAAUCUGAACCAUAUCUUGAAGGACCCCCGAGGCGUACACCCACCCGGAACAAAAAUCCCAGAUAGUGGCCCCUACGCUGACACGAAGUUGAUGCAAAUAGCCUUCGCUCACCUCCUGCAAGAACGCUGGAAUCGCCACCCCAACCCGAACACCAGCCCGCACCAUCGGACCAUCAAUGCGUUCGGCCCAGGAUACACAUAUACUCCCAUCUUCGACAAGAUCGCCGCGCUGCCCAUAUACGUCGACCCCGUAUUUUGGCUCGUCAAAGCUGGGACGAUUAUGGCUACGCCUGUGGAGCAGGGAGCGGCUACGGGGUUGUGGUUGGCUACGUGUGAUGAUGUGGAGGUUUUGGCUGGAGGAGGCUUUUGGGACCGUAUGGUUAAGCGGAUGAGUCUUGUGGAUGUUGUGAGUGGGGAGACGCUUGAGAAGGUGUGGGCUUGCUGGGAGAGGGAUGGGGAUGUGGUGUGGAAGUGA